ACCAAAGAAAGAUCAGUUACUACUAGUCUCUCUCUUCGCCACCAACAAACACAUUACAAGUUCAGUAGUCAUGGCUGCGACAAUGGCCUUGUCGUCCCCCUCCCUCGCCGGCACCGCAGUGAAGCUGGCCCCCUCGGCCGCCUCCGACAUCCUCGGCGAGGGCCGCGUCACCAUGCGCAAGACCGUCGGCAGGCCCAAGCCGGCCUCCGCCUCCGGCAGCCCCUGGUACGGCCCGGACCGCGUGAAGUACCUCGGCCCGUUCUCCGGCGAGCCCCCGUCCUACCUGACCGGGGAAUUCCCCGGGGACUACGGGUGGGACACCGCGGGGCUGUCCGCCGACCCGGAGACCUUCGCGAAGAACCGCGAGCUGGAGGUCAUCCACUGCCGCUGGGCGAUGCUCGGCGCGCUCGGCUGCGUGUUCCCGGAGCUGCUGGCGCGCAACGGCGUGAAGUUCGGCGAGGCCGUGUGGUUCAAGGCCGGCGCGCAGAUCUUCAGCGAGGGCGGCCUGGACUACCUGGGCAACCCCAGCUUGAUCCACGCGCAGAGCAUCCUGGCGAUCUGGGCGUGCCAGGUGAUCCUCAUGGGUGCCGUCGAGGGGUACCGGGUGGCCGGGGGCCCGCUCGGUGAGGUGACCGAUCCGCUCUACCCCGGCGGCAGCUUCGACCCGCUGGGGCUGGCCGAUGACCCGGAGGCCUUCGCAGAAUUGAAGGUGAAGGAGAUCAAGAACGGCCGGCUGGCCAUGUUCUCCAUGUUCGGCUUCUUCGUGCAGGCCAUCGUGACCGGCAAGGGCCCGAUCGAGAACCUCGCCGACCACCUCGCCGACCCCGUCAACAACAACGCCUGGGCCUACGCCACCAACUUCGUCCCCGGCAAGUGAGAGAGAGAGAGAGAGAGAGUGAGUGAUCAAGAGAGGGAAUUCUCUUGAGCUUGUGUACCUGCCGAUCACAAAACAUGCCUGAUGAUAUCUCCUCGGCCUCUGUUGUAAACUAGUGUUCUUGUAAACUAGUGUUCUUGUGCAAUUAAUAGUGGGCUUCCUUUCGAUUCUGUA